CCAGAUCUCCUCCUCCUCCUCCUGGGAUUUUCCUCCUCCUCCCCUCCCCUCGCUCCCUCCCUCCUCUCUUUCUUUCCUCCUUUUCACCUCCUGGAACAAAAGUGGCCCUUUCGGCUGCGCCAGCGCUGCCUGCGAGCGGGGCCGCUUUGUCUGCCGGGGUCACCGGCACCGCCACCGGGCCGCCACCACCAUGGGGACACGGCGGGCGCUGGGAGCGGUGGCACUGCUGGCGCUGGCACUGGCCAGCUGCCCCGAGCGGGAGCUGGAGCGCAGGGAGGAGGAGGCCAACGUGGUGCUGACGGGCACGGUGGAGGAGAUCAUGAACGUGGACCCGGUGCACCACACCUACUCGUGCAAGGUGCGGGUCUGGCGCUACCUGAAGGGCAAGGACAUCGUCACCCACGAGAUCCUGCUGGACGGGGGCAACAAGGUGGUGAUCGGGGGCUUCGGGGACCCGCUGAUCUGUGACAACCAGGUGGCCACGGGGGACACGCGCAUCUUCUUCGUCAACCCCGCGCCGCAGGCGCUGUGGCCGGCGCACCGCAACGAGCUCAUGCUCAACUCCAGCCUGAUGCGCAUCACGCUGCGCAACCUGGAGGAGGUGGAGCACUGUGUGGAAGACAAACCCAACAGUUACUUCACGCAGACGCCGCCGCCGCCGCGGGAUGGGUGCCGGGGCAUGCUCUGUGGCUUCGGGGCCGUGUGCGAGCGCAGCCCCUCGGAGCCGGGCCAGGCCUCGUGCGUGUGCAGGAAGGGUCCCUGUGCCCCCGUGGUGGCCCCGGUGUGCGGCUCCGACCACUCCACCUACAGCAACGAGUGCGAGCUGGACAGGGCCCAGUGCAACCAGCAGAGGAGGAUCAAGGUGGUCAGCAAGGGACCCUGCGGCUCCAAGGACCCCUGUGCAGAGGUGACCUGCAGCUUUGGCAGCACCUGCGUCCCCUUCCCUGACGGCCAGGUGGCCAAGUGCGUGUGCCCCUCGUCGUGCAGCGGCGUCGCCGAGAGCCCCGUGUGCGGCAGCGACGGCCGCGACUACCGCAGCCAGUGCCACCUCAACAAGCACGCCUGUGACAAGCAGGAGAACGUCUUCAAGAAGUUCGAUGGCCCCUGCGACCCGUGCCAGGCCGUGCCGAGCGAGCCGGGCCGCGUGUGCCGGGUGAACCCGCGGACGCGGCGGGCGGAGCUGCUGCCCCGGCCCGAGGGCUGUCCCCCGGGGAGGGACCCGGUGUGCGGCGACGACGGCGUCACCUACGACAGCGAGUGCGCCAUGGCGCGCUCCGGGGCCAUCCGCGGCAUGGACAUCCAGAAGGUGCGCUCGGGGCAGUGCCAGCCGCAGGACCAGUGCAAGGAGGAGUGCAAGUUCAACGCGGUGUGCCUGAACCGGCGCGGGGCCGCGCGCUGCUCCUGCGAGCGCAUCUCCUGCGACGGCGCCUUCCGGCCCCUGUGCGGCCGCGACAGCCGCACCUACGGCAGCGACUGCCAGCGGCGCCGCGCCGAGUGCCUGCAGCAGCAGCACAUCCCCGCCCGCCACAGCGGGCCCUGCGACCUGGGCGCGCCCAGCCCCUGCCUGAGCGUGGAGUGCUCCUUCGGGGCCACGUGCGUGGUGAAGAACCAGGAGGCCGUGUGCGAGUGCCAGCAGCAGUGCCAGGGCCGCUACGACCCCGUGUGCGGCACCGACCAGCGCACCUACGGCAACGCCUGCGAGCUGCACGCCAUGGCCUGCCUGCUGCAGAGGGACAUCGGCCUGCGCCACAAGGGGCCCUGCGAGCGCUGCGGGAAGUGCCAGUUCGGUGCCAUCUGCGAGGCGGAGAGCGGGCGCUGCGUGUGCCCCACCGAGUGCGUGCCCUCGGCGCAGCCCGUCUGCGGCACCGACGGCAACACCUACGGCAGCGAGUGCGAGCUGCACGUCCGGGCCUGCACCCAGCAGAAGAACAUCCUGGUGGCUGCCCAGGGCCACUGCAAGUCGUGUGGCAGCUCCGUGUGCUCCUUUGGCAGCCGCUGCGUGGGUGGGCAGUGCCUGUGCCCGCGCUGCGAGCGCCAGCCCCCGGCCCCGGUGUGCGGCACCGACGGCGUCACCUACCACAGCCCCUGCCAGCUGCAGGUGGCCUCGUGCCAGCUGCAGAAGAGCAUCGAGGUGGCCAGGAUGGGACCCUGUGAGGAUGAGUGUGGCUCGGGGGGCUCCGGCUCGGGGGACGGCGGCGAGUGCGAGCAGGAGCGGUGCCGGCAGUUCGGGGGCUGGUGGGACGAGGACGCCGAGGACGAGCCCUGCGUGUGUGACUUCACCUGCGUGGCCGUGCCCCGCAGCCCGGUGUGCGGCUCUGACGGCGUCACCUACACCAACGAGUGCCAGCUGAAGAAGACGCGGUGUGAGAAACGCCAGGAGCUCUUUGUGGCCAGCCAGGGAGCCUGUCGGGGCCUGGCCACCACCCCGCCACCCCUGCUGGUGGUGCACUGCAGCCAGACCGUCUACGGCUGCUGCCCCGACAACGUCACCCUGGCGCUGGGCGUGGGAGCAGCCGGGUGUCCCAGCACGUGCCAGUGCAACCCCUACGGCUCCUACGGUGGCUCCUGUGACCCGGGCACGGGCCAGUGCUCCUGCAAGCCCGGCGUGGGCGGCCUCAAGUGCGACCGCUGCGAGCCCGGCUUCUGGAACUUCCGCGGCAUCGUCACCGACGGCAGGAGCGGCUGCACGCCGUGUCACUGUGACCCCGUGGGCUCGGUGCGGGAUGACUGCGAGCAGAUGUCGGGGCUGUGCUCCUGCAGGACGGGCAUCACGGGCAUGAAGUGCACCCAGUGCCCCGACGGCAGCAGGCUGGGCACCACGGGCUGCCACAAGGACCCCUCAGCCCCCAGGUCCUGCGAGGAGCUGAGCUGUGACUUCGGGGCCUCGUGCGUGGAGCUGAACGGCUUCGCCCACUGCGAGUGCCCAUCCCCGCUGUGCUCCGAGGCCAACACCACCAAGGUGUGUGGCUCUGAUGGUGUCACCUACGGGGACCAGUGCCAGCUGCGGACCAUCGCCUGCAGGCAGGGCCAGCACAUCACAGUCAAGCACGUGGGGCAGUGCCACGAGUCCAUCACCCACUCGAGCCCCCCGGUGCCCCCCACGCCGCUGCCCACGCUGCCCCCGGACCGGCUCCUGCUGCCCGCGCCCCCUCGGGCCACCACGCGCGCCCCGCCGCCCACCGCGGCGGCCGCCACCUCGUCACCGCCACACGCCAGGCCCACGGAACGAGGCCACCCCGCCACGAGGCGUGUGACGACAGCCAGGCCGGCCACCACGCCCUGGGUCACCCACGGGGUGCACAGAGCCACCGUCCGCCCGCUGGCCACCGUGCCCGUGGUGGCGGCCACCAGCCAGACGGGCUACGGCGAGUCCGGCAGCGCUGAGGGCAGUGGGGACCAGGACAUGGGGACCAGCGGUGACCAGGAGUCCAGCGGGGCGGGAUCUGCCGGUGAGGAGGAGCUGGACGAGGGCCAGGUGACAUCCACGCCUGCCAUCGAGAGGGCCACGUGCUACAACAGCGCCCUGGGCUGCUGCUCCGACGGCAAAACCGCCGCGGCCGACGCCGAGGGGAGCAACUGCCCCGCCACCAAAGUGUUCCAAGGAGUGCUGAUCCUGGAGGAGGUGGAGGGCCAGGAGCUGUUCUACACCCCGGAGAUGGCCGACCCCAAAUCCGAGCUCUUUGGGGAGACGGCGCGGAGCAUCGAGAGCGCGCUGGACGAGCUGUUCCGGGCUUCUGAUGUCAGGAAGGAUUUCAAGAGCAUCCGAGUGCGGGACCUGGGCCAGAGCAGCGCCGUCAGGGUCAUCGUGGAGGCCCACUUUGACCCAGCCACGUCCUACACGGCUGCUGACAUCCAGGGCGCCCUGCUGAGGCAGCUCCGAGCUGCCAAGAGGAAAACCAUCCUGGUGAAGAAGCCCCAGCAGGAGCACAUCAAAUUCAUGGAUUUUGACUGGAUCCCCCGGCUCUUCACCACCACCGUCACCACCACCACGGCCACCACCAUGGCACCGGGCACCACCCGCAGGGUGCCCGCGGCCACCGCGGCCCUGGGGCAGCACGCCGAGCCCGGGGGCAGCCCCGGCCCCGUGGUGGGCAGCACCAGGAGCCCUGGCAGCACCAGGAGCCCUGGCAGCACCAGCAGCAGCAGCAGCAGCAGGAGGAAGCCCACCCCGCUGCCCCCUGGCACCACGCGAGCCCCGCGGCCCUGCGAGUCCCAGCCCUGCCUGCACGGUGGCACCUGCCAGGACCACGGGCACGACUUCAGCUGCAGCUGCCCCGCGGGCAGGGGAGGGGCCGUGUGUGAGAAAUCCUCCAGCCCGUCCAUCCCUGGUUUCGGGGGCCGUUCCGUGCUGGCGUUCCGCACCAUGAGGGCGUACCACACCGUCCGGAUCUCCAUGGAGUUCCGCGCGCUGGAGCCCGACGGGCUCCUCCUCUACAACGCCCAGCGCCACGGCAAGGACUUCAUCUCUCUGGCUCUGCUCGGGGGCUUCGUGGAGCUCAGGUCAGCCCGGGGCCCCACGUGUGCCUUCGAGAGGAACCCGUGCGAGCCGUCCCCGUGCCACGUCUCUGCCACCUGCCUGGUGCUGCCCGACGGGGGCCCGCUGUGUGCCUGUCCCAUGGGCCGUGAAGGGGACCUCUGCGAGCGAGUGACGGAGCAGGACCAGUCCGUGCCCUUCCUGCCCGAGUUCAACGGCUUCUCCUACCUGGAGCUCAACGGGCUGCAGAGCUUCGUGCCCGACCUGCAGGACAAGAUGUCCAUGGAGGUGGUGUUCCUGGCCAAGCAGCCCAGCGGGAUGAUCUUCUACAACGGCCAGAAGAGCGACGGCAAGGGGGACUUUGUGUCGCUGGCACUGCAGCAGGGCCACCUGGAGUACAGAUACGACCUGGGCAAAGGGCCGGCGCUGCUCAGGAGCAGGGAGCCGGUGCCCCUGAACGCGUGGGUCAGCGUCCUGCUGGAGAGGAGCGGCCGCAAGGGCGUCCUGAGGGUCAACAACGGCCAGAGGGUGACGGGGGAGUCCCCGGUGCCUCACAUGGUGCUGAACCUCAAGGAGCCCUUCUAUGUGGGGGGAGCCCCCGACUUCUCCAAGCUGGCUCGAGCAGCUGCCAUCUCCAGCGGCUUCCAGGGAGCUGUGCAGAGGAUCUCCCUGGACGGCGUGCCCGUGCUGAAGGAGCAGAACAUCCGCAGUGCCAGGGAGAUCUCCCCGUUCCGGGGGCACCCCUGCACCCAGAAACCCAACCCCUGCCAGCACGGGGGCUCCUGCAGCCCCAGCCUGGGGGGCUACCACUGCUCCUGCCACAGGGGCUUCUCGGGGGCCCACUGCGAGAAGGUGAUCAUCGAGAAGGCGGCGGGGGACGCCGAGGCCGUGGCCUUCGACGGCCGCACGUACCUGGAGUACCACAACGCUGUCACCAAGAGUGAGAAGGCCCUGCAGUCCAACCACUUUGAGCUGAGCAUCAAGACCGAGGCGACGCAGGGGCUGCUGCUGUGGAGCGGGAAGGGGCUGGACAGGUCGGAUUACAUCGCCCUGGCCAUCGUGGACGGCUUCGUGCAGCUCAGCUACGACCUGGGCUCCAAGGCCGUCACCCUGCGCUCCAGCGUGCCCGUCAACACCAACCAGUGGGUGCACAUCCGCGCCUCCCGGGUGCAGAGGGAGGGCUCCCUGCAGGUGGGGAACGAGGCCCCCAUCGCCGGCUCCUCUCCUCUCGGGGCCACCCAGCUGGACACGGACGGGGCGCUGUGGCUGGGGGGUCUGGACAAGCUGAGCGUGCCCCAGCGCCUGCCCAAGGCGUUCAGCACGGGUUUCGUGGGCUGCAUGCGGGACGUGCUCGUGGACCGGCGGGAGCUGCACCUGCUGGAGGACGCCCUGAACCGGCCGCGGAUAUUGCACUGCUCGGCCAAAUAGAGCCCAGGGACCUCCCUCCCUGCUCCCUCCUCCCUCCCUCCUGCCUAUUGCUGUAAUUAUUUUCUAUUUUUGUAAACUUAUUGCUUUUUAUAUUUUUGGGGGGGACAGGGAGGGCAGGAAACCCUUUUUGCUUUCGGGCUCGGGGGGCGGCGAGGCUGGGCCCGAGCAGCGGAACAAAGCUCGGCCCGAGAAGUGACACCAGAACUCUCCCACUGCAGCGUCGAUCUUCUUCAUACUUGAAGCUUCUUUGUUUUUGGGGUUGUUUUCCCCCUUUUUUCCUGUUUUUUGGGGGGGUUUGUUCCCAAAAACAACCCCGUUCUCCCGUGGGGGAAACGCUGCUGGUGCUGGCGAGGCCUUCACGGAUUCACGGGGUGGGAAUUCCCACCCUGCUCCGGGCUCUGGCUCUUCCAAACCUUCUCCUGGCCCCGUGUUCACCUGAUUCCUGCUGCCCCCUGUUCCUCUCACUGUAAUUUAUGUGUGUAAGGAUCUCAAGUGCUUUUCUCCUCCGAGCUCUGCUCAAAUCAGGGAUGCCACGCGCCGGAAGGGAGAGAGCCGGGCCCGAGCUUCGCCCUGCGCUCGCCUCGGGACUCUUUGCUGGACUCAGAGCUGCUGGGGAGGCAAAAAUGUGGAUUUUUCCAGCGGUUCUCCUCCUCCUCUUCCUCUUGGACGCGUGCAGGAGCAGCUGUGAAACCUCAUUGCCACAUUUUGUGUUCAUCCAGACGUGUCCUGAGCCUCCCCAGCCACCGAGCCUGGGCCUCCCUCAUGCUGGGGAUCACUUGGAGCUCCUCUCCAAGAGCUGGGAAUUCUCUCCCUCUUCCAAAAGGACCAGGAGAUUCCCUUUUCCCUCCUCAGAGAUCUCCUGGACGUGUCCUUCCACGCCCCACAGCAUUCUCCAGCCUCUGCCUCCCAGCCUGGCAAUGCUGAGCUGCCACUGGAGCCUCUCCCACCAAGAGAAUUUGGAAUUUUUCAUCUUGGACUUGGAGUUUUUGGGUCUUCCACGUCCUCUGGAUGCUUCCAGCCCAGCAGGAACGGCUCCAACAGGAGCAGGAGCGGGGCUGGGGAGUAUUUGGGGGAAUUUGAAGCAUUUUCUUCCAGGAAAGGAAAAUUUUGGGGCCAGUUCUGAAGUUUCUGGGGUGUGGCUGCAGCUCGGGGUCUCCUGGGUGUGGAGAGGAACAGAUGGAUCCCAGCUCUGGAAGAAAUCCCAUCUUCCAUUGGGAUUCCUUCUCCAUGGAAGGAUUUCCUGCUGCUUUGUGGCCUCUGUGUCCCUUUCCCACCCUCAGCUGGAAUUUCUCUGUGGAAAAACAACUUUAGGGAAUUCAUCUGCAGGAUCUGGAUGGGAAUUCCUGCCCAAGGUGCCAGAAUUUGGCUUUUUUUUCCCCUAAAUUUCCACCCCACUUUGCAGGGCACCCUUUGAAAUGGGGGUUUUGGCACCAACUUUUGAGCCAGGAAAGGUCAAAUUUCUUCUCUCAGGGUGAGCUCUGAACAAAGGUGGAACCAAGAGGGAAAACCAAUGGAAAAACCACUUGGAUUUGCUUUGAUUUCAUUUAUUUGAUUAAAAAAAAAAUAAAUAUUCCCAACCUGUGACA